GGGAUCAGUUUGGAACGAUUCGACCAAACAUCAGCAUCUAAAAAGUGACUGGCUGUCUGUCUCUUGCGUGGUAGUUUUUAGAGGAAGAAGGCGUGACUACAGCCACACAACCACCACAACAAUAUUGAACUGCACCCAUGUCACAGAGCAACCCCAGUUUGAAUGCAUCGGACAUAAUAAUAAAGGAAACAACAAGUGCACGCUAUAACAAGUUUGUUGGAGCUAAGUUAUCCGAUGUUAGGCAGCAGAGGAAUAUGCAUUUUUUUUCUUUCUAUCCUGAAGAUCGACGCCUGUUCAACAGCAACAAACUCAAGCUCGUGGACGUGAACUAGGAAACGGACGAUACCUAUGUGUUAACCAUGACCGUCUGCUAGUUUUCCUGGACGAUUUCUUCUGGAUUAGUCUGUAAAAUCACCAAACGAGACAUCCUGCAUCGUUUUAUUCGCAUAAAAGCAGCGCGUGGACUAGUCGGAAACUCGAGCGCCAUUGAAAACAAAGUUCCGACAAUCUGAGGCUGUUAGACACAAGUGCCUCUUGCACUUCUGGUCCCCCCACCCCAGGCAGGUGUGACUCGUUCAUACGACGUCACAAAUGCGACCAUGGGAAGUAGCAGUGAGUAGGCGGCCAUCAACAGCCCCCUUAAACCAGAGGAGGGUCGUCGGGGAGCCUUGCAUCACCCCUUUGCACCUCAGGAGAAGUCCUCCAGUACGACGUCAGUGGGGACAGCGAGAUAGACCUGCUGUGCACACUUCCCUACAUCAGGAUGAGAACUUCCACCACCCUGUCUUCUCCCAGCAUCAGCAGAUUCCUUUAGAUGAGUCCAGGCAAUAUAGCCACACCAGUGCACCUCCACGCAUGCUGCAUACUGCCACACAACCCCCCCAACAGAGCUCCAUCAUGGUGGAUCUUCACGAACAGAUGCAUCAAGGAUCAGUUCCGAUAUCUUACACAGUUACCACGGUGACGACCCAUGGUUUUCCCAUCCACACCGGGCAACCUAUCCCAGCCUGCAAUGCUCAGCAGCUCCCAGCAUGCUCGGUAAUGUUCAGCGGACAGCUCUCUCUGCUCUGCUGCCUUCCUCCUCCACUCAUUCAGGCCUGUACCAUGCAGCACCUGCCUGUGUCCUAUCAGGCAUUUCCACCAUUGAUCUCCAGUGAGCAUUUUAUCCUGCACCCCAGUCCACCGGUGCCGCCCCACCAGCCUCCUCAUCUGCCUCCACUCAACCAGUUUGUCCCCAUACAGCCCCAGCACCCGCGCAUGCCUCUGCAGAGGGUGGAUAAUGAAGUGGAUCUUCGAGGAGACCAGCAUCCGUUAGGAACAUUCUCUUAUCCUCCAGCCCACCAUCCACCAGCAAUGACCCCCUCCGUCCCCCUCCAGUACCUCCCCCAGGAGCCCCUCCAUCAAGAGCUGCCCUACGGAGUGCCAUAUCCGCACAUGCUGCCGAGGCGUAUAACUGGACAGAGGUACCGAUUACAGCAGCCUCUGCCUCCCCCACCCCCUCCACCGCCCUACUACCCCGGCUUCUUACCAUACUUCCUCUCAAUGCUUCCUGUGCCUCCAACUGCUGUGGGUCCAGCUAUCAGUCUGGACUUGGAUGUAGAUGAUGUGGAGAUGGAGAACUAUGAGAGGGACUCUGUGGGCAUGUGCAGUGAUGCAACAAAGUUGAAAAAGGCGUUAUUAAACCUUGCUGAGAGACUUGGAGAAGCGAAACCUCGAGGACUAACGAAAGCUGAUAUAGAGCAACUUCCGUCCUACAGGUUUAAUUUAGAAAACCACCAAUCUGAACAGACUCUGUGCGUUGUAUGCUUUAGUGAUUUUGAGUCAAGGCAGCUACUUCGAGUAUUACCCUGCAACCAUGAAUUUCAUGCAAAAUGUGUGGACAAGUGGUUAAAGACCAAUCGCACCUGUCCAAUCUGUCGAGCCGACGCGUCUGAAGUUCACCGCGAUGUGGAAUGAGUUCAGGUUUUUGUCCUUCACUGGAAAACAGCACAAAUCCUUGAGUGUGUUCUGUGAGUGGGGACACCUGAUCUCCAGCCAAACGCAAAUCUACCCCCCCACCCCGCUCCCAACCCCACCUCUACAAUAAGCAAUCUCGGAAUUUGUACGGAACCUGUUUGACCUCUGCUGUGCGUCAUUGUGUGAGUUUCAUGAAAGCUACUGCCGCCUAUAGCCACUUCGGAGUUCUGGAAUUGAGACCAGGUUUUUUUUUUUUUUUUAGGUUCUUUUCAUCUUUCUUUUUCAUUACCCUGCCCUUGUUUCGCAGAUUCCAAAGAUAACCUGUAAUACGUGUUGUGUUGGCAUAUUCGUUUACACAGUUGAAUAUUCUCUAGUUGUUUGAUCACAGAUAAUUAAAAUCGUGCUUUAGCGUCGUUAGGGACUGUGGGAGUGGGCCUGGAUGAAGGUGGUUUUUGGCUUUACUGUGCAAUCAGAUGAGUUCGUAGGACGCGACCGCUCCGCCGGUGAACGACCAUCAUAGAUGCAUGUCUGUAUAAGUGACGGGCUGAGGGACUUGUUAAUAAUCUAUGUUUUGCAAUAAUGUAUUGAUCAUUUGAAUAUCUUAAUCCCGAUUCUCUUUUAUCUGCGAAUGCUGUUGUGAAGGCGUGACUUUCAGUGGUUCAGAGUUCCAAGGCCUGAGGUUAAAGAGGGAAACGUAGACAAAAAGGACUGCGAAACGACAGCCGUGAAUCCAUCGGGAAAACUCCCGCUGGGCUUUCACCACAGUUGUAGAGACAUUGUGGAAGCUGUGGCGUUUUUUCGCUUUUGCUGUUUGCUGGCGAGGCCAAUCGGACUGGCCAUUGAGAACACAGGGACGAGGACAGCACACUGCCUCUGCCAGCUCCCACCUGGCUGCACUGCACAACCCCCAUCGAUUCUGGACUGGCCCUCUUCAUCCCGCUCCCUCACACUCAGCUAGAUCCAGGAGAACAUCUCACAGGCCUCGCGCGGACUGUUCUUUUAGACUAGCAAUAUUUGAAUUAACGAGAUCCACCGCAUUUCAGCCACAAGAGGAACGUCGGACGGCCUCCGUCUCGCCAUUCUCCCGUCCGGAGGCCGAGGAGCUCGCAUUUGCCUGUCCAGAAUGACUUUUUGGGAAAGGGUGGAACACUUUGCGGAAAGCAAUACGUGCAAUGAGUGUGUGAAGUGAACGCAACGUUUGACCUGAUUUUGGAGGACUAGGCUUUUUGUUUUUCCUUAUUCGUGAGCCAAAUAAUCAAUAUACUCUACAAGAUUUUAGCUCUGCCUUCUCAAGACCUUGACAAGCACAAACCUGUUACUAAUCUUCAGACAUCCUUUGUCAGUUCCUCUUUUAAAAGUAUGCGUUUGUUUUUUUAAGUGGUGUUAUUUAUUUCUUCUUUCGCGAGAGUUUUUGAAGGAUUCGGUUGGAAUACUAAAACAUCUUUAGCGCGUUUUAGUUUGCCUCCCGUUGUCAGGUCUCAGGCCAUGUUCACAGUGUAAAGUGAUGUGAAAGAAAAAAAAACAUUGUAUGCAUAGCCUUGGUGUGAAAGGUUGCAAAUUAUCGUCUUGUUUUUAAGACAAAAGAAUGUUGAAACCCUCUGUAUUUCUAGUUACGCCCUCUCCUGUGUGCCAGUUGACUGUAAUCGUUCCACGAAGAUCCCUGAUAGGAUUCGAAACGGCAGAGAUGGAGCGUUAGGGUCGUUUAAAGAAAAAAAAAAAUGCACUGUAAAACGCUUAACUCGUGGUUCACUCGAUUCCAAAAACUAACCUGAACGUUGUUCGGGUGAAAACUAUGAACUAUUUGGGUUUUUUUUUUUUUGGUUCCCUAAGUACUUUAAUUAUAGGACUUUUAAAUAUAUAUAUUCAUGAGUCGUUUGUCCACUGAAUAGUCAUUGUAACUCAAUAGACACACUGGCUUUCUCGGGUAAAGGGACUCUCUUAAGAGAAUGUGAGUAUCUUGUGUUUGCGUGCCAGGUUUUAAAAUAAGCCAUUGUAAUGAAUUUAAUCCACACUUUUGAUAAGUAAUCUAUGUAUACAUAUCUGUUCACUGGCAUAUAUUUUGAGUAUAACGAAAAAAAAAAAUCACUCAGGGCCUCUCUGUAAUUGAAAAAUAAAGGAAAACAGUCCAUUUCAAAUGGGAUUGACGCCAUGGAGAUAUAUUUGGGUAUUCUGGGUUGUUUUCCUCAGGCCAUGCAUAUUUUAAAUGUAAUCAACUGAACUAAUAUUCCUUUUAUAAAUAGUGGUGAAUAUUAUUCCAUUAUAAGACUGGCAUGCAAAGAAAAAAAAAGAUGACAUGUUGUAUCGAGUGAGAAUAGGCUUUUCGUCACUGCAGCCGAUCAUUAGCGUAUGCUACUCGAACGUGUUUUCCAGCCGUUGCGUUUUUCCGUGUUCUUGUACUUGAACCACACAUAAAGGUUGUAAUCCCGUUGAAAAACGUGCCACGGUGCACACUGUUCUACCUAGACCACUUCCAAGACUAUUCUUACAGUGUUUGCAUGAUUUAAGGAUUAAAAAAAAGAAAAAAAGUCAAAAAAUGAAAUCUGUAUUUUCAGUGAAAGAUAUCUAGACAGGGGUGGGCAAGUAUUUAAUUGUGCACAAUAUGCAUGCAUGUCUAACCAGGUCCCAACUGGUUUUUAGGUAGAUCUAGUUGGCUUUGGGUUCUGGGUGUAGGGGACUUUCUGCUCAGCUGAUAACUGCCAUGCACUGUACUGCACACAUUUGUAAUAGAACCGAAUGACUACAAGAUUUUAUUGUGCUUGUACUUGCAAAAGAAAAAGAAGAAAAGAAAAAAAAACUAAUAAUAUAGGACGUUUAAAAUAACAACAUUAAGCUUGAUGCCAAUGGGAAGACAGUGGCUUUUUGAAGUGGAAAAAUGUGAUUUGAUAGGCUCCUCACCACAUUUGUGCUUCUAUUGUUGCCUCAGUUACUGACACACUUGCCUGGAAUCUAGAUAAUGGAAAGCCAUAUAGUAAAAAGGUGCUAGAUAUUCUAUAUUUAGGUGUAAUGCUACAUUCACAUAAGAGAAUGCAAUAGUUUGUUAUGGGUCUCUAUUCAUGCAGCAUGCAGUGCUACUAGUACCCUCAACGGUGGUCAGAAACAGUUAAUGACAUUAUCAACAGGGGUUUCAGUUAAGAAAACAAACAGAAAAAAAAGACGACUAUUUAGCUUUACUUGUAUGUGCUGGUAGACCGUUUUAAAGGAUAAUAAUAUUUUACUGCCCGAGUGAUCAGAUCCAAUACAUCUGCCUUAAAUCGAAGUAGUAGGAGGUGUUGUGUGGGUUAAAAAACAUGGCGUUAUCACUCAUUCACCAAAACGGUCAGAAAUAUAUGUACCUGUUGUACGGUUCUCUCUACCUUGAGCAUCUGUAACUGUUAUGGUUUCAAAAUAAGUUGUUGAUAUACACGCAAGCACUUUUGCUUGGGGUAACCGGCUGUGGGCUAUUUCUAAUAUAUCCUUAUUUAGAUUUAUAAAGGAAUUUUUCAUAAUAACCAAGAUUCCUUGAAAACCUCAGUGUUACCUGUAUUGAAUUACUAAAAAGAAAGAAAGAAAAAAAAAACAACAACAAUCUAUGAGUUAUGAUAAAUAGAAUCUUGUAGUCUUUCUGUGAUUCAACUAAUAAAUAAUCUCACAGCUUG